AGGACACUGGACAGCGUACAAUCUAAAUUAAUUUUAUUUUUCUAGUUUAACUAAUCCUAAAACUUAUUCUUGUUGAUAAUUGGGAAAACUAACCCAUCCCAUGUAAACCAUCGUAGCACGACAGGUUGGAAGAUAUCCUAAUUCAUAACACACGUAAGAGUUCUCAUUAAUAAAAUUGGGCGUCAACCAGCGUCAACCGAUUUAGAUUCAAAACAAGCAAUAUCAAAACUAAUAAUCAUGUACGGAAGAAAGACUCCAUCAACGUAUCGUUCAACGCCAUCGGUGUAUUCACAUUACACUGGAAAGUCUUCUACUAACUUGAGGUCAUCAAAGUCUGUGCGUUCAUUGCGUGUGCCAUGGUAUCAGAAGCCCAUACUUCACGAUGCUUUCUUCUUGGACUUGCAAAGAGGAUCUCUGCUCACUGCUUCAAUAUCUUUGUUCAUAGCACUGUUCACAUUUGGCCAAAGCAUUUUUGAUUUAUAUUGCCUUGGAAUGGCUGCACCUGGCUCCGUUCAUUAUGGCUACUAUGUAGUCAGCUUUCAGUUUGUUUAUGUUGGGAGUCCACCUGUAAGAAAUGUUCUGAUUGUGUUCUCCCUGUUCUCUUGGUUGGGAUCUGUGGCUCUUAUUGUGACCAGCAUAAUACUCAUUGUAGCCCUGAGAAAGGAAUAUGAGAAGAAAAUAGUGCCAUGGCUAUACACAUUUGGUGUAUUUCUUCUGUUCCGCUUUGUGGCAUUCGUAUUUGCGUCCAUUGUGAAUGACAUGAUAUUUGCCUACAACAUCUUGAUGUGCUUGUUUUGGAUAGUGUUCACUGUAGUUGGAGUUUACGGCUGGCUCCUGGUCUACAGCUUGUACCUGGAACUAUCUGAUCUCACUAAAUUAGAAGAUUUGGCGCACUUGAGAAUGGGCACAAUGGCGUCCCUCAACGCGUCGCUGGCGGGGUCGCGGCCGACGACGCCGCACUCGACCGUGUCCACAAUGCCCGCGUCGCAGAUGUGAUGCGCAGCCGACAAGGCCGAACCUGAGGAGGUCGUACCACUCACUGGAAGCCUUGAGACGCCUGUGUAGCUAUGGGUUAGAUUGCCUUUUGAUCCAUGUGGCAGCGGAGUUGCCAUACUGUACUCUGAACGCGAGCUGUGAUGCCUAUAGAAACUCGGCACUCCCCCACAGCACUUAUUCCUCGGAUCUCGCGCAGAGUGUACAAUUAAUUCCAUAGCAAACCAUAAAGAAAUAAUAUACUGGCAUAUCUGUACUUCAUGCCUCACUGUGAAGUCUGUGAAUCACAAAUGGUUGCAUGUUAUGGUUAAAUAUUAUGGCAACUUAUGCCAUAAAACAAAGAGAACAUAGAGCUCUAAACUUGAGUAUUUUCUAACAAUUUUUGGAUCAUAAAUACUUUACACUCUACAAAUAAGAAAAACUAAGGAAACUAACUCCCAUACUAUUACCGUUUUAAAUUUGGUUCCUUUCGAA